GCACCAGCAGCAGCAGCACCAGCACCAGCACCGGGGGCAGCCAUGGGACUCCUGUCCCAGGGCUCGCCGCUUAGCUGGGAAGAGACCAAGCGCCACGCGGACCACGUGCGGCGGCACGGCAUCCUCCAGUUUCUGCAUAUUUACCACGCCGUCAAGGAGCGGCACAAAGACGUGCUCAAGUGGGGCGAUGAGGUGGAAUACAUGUUGGUAGCUUUUGAUCACCAAAAUAAAAAAGUACGCGUGGUCCUAAAAGGAGAGGAAGUCCUUGAAGCAUUACAAGAAAAAGGGGAAAGAAAAAACCCAAACCAUCCAACACUUUGGAGACCAGAAUAUGGAAGCUAUAUGAUCGAAGGAACACCAGGACAGCCAUAUGGAGGAACAAUGUCAGAAUUUAACACAGUCGAAGACAACAUGAGAAAACGUAGGCAGGAGGCUUCAUCUCUUCUAAAAGAAAAUGAGGCUCUGUGCACUAUAACAUCCUUUCCCAGAUUAGGCUGUCCUGGGUUUACGGUACCUGACUGCAAACCUACCCCAGUUGAAGGAGGUGCUUCAAAGUCCCUUUUCUUUCCAGAUGAGGCAAUAAACAAACAUCCCAGAUUCAGUACCUUAACAAGGAAUAUCCGACAUAGGAGAGGAGAAAAAGUUGUUAUCAAUGUACCAAUCUUUAAGGACAAGAAUACGCCGUUUCCAUUUAUAGAAACGUUUCCUCAGGAUGAUGAAGCUGUACAAGCCGCUCAGCCAAAUCAUAUCUACAUGGAUGCUAUGGGAUUUGGGAUGGGCAACUGCUGCCUUCAGGUGACGUUCCAGGCUUGUAGUAUAUCUGAAGCCAGAUACCUCUAUGAUCAGCUGGCUACUAUUUGUCCAAUUGUAAUGGCUUUGAGUGCUUCAUCUCCUUUCUACCGAGGCUAUGUUUCAGAUAUUGAUUGUCGCUGGGGAGUGAUAUCUGCAUCCGUAGAUGAUAGAACUCGGGAGGAGAGAGGAUUGGAGCCUCUGAAGAACAACAGCUAUAGGAUUAGCAAAUCUCGAUAUGAUUCGAUAGACAGUUAUCUCUCUAAGUGUGGUGAAAAAUACAAUGAUAUUGAUUUGACAAAAGAUAAAGAAAUCUAUGAACGCCUAUUAAAAGAAGGUAUUGACCAUCUCCUGGCCCAGCAUAUUGCCCAUCUCUUUAUUCGAGACCCGCUGACUUUGUUUGAAGAGAAGAUACACCUAGAUGAUGCCAAUGAAUCUGACCACUUUGAGAAUAUUCAGUCUACAAAUUGGCAGACCAUGAGAUUUAAGCCUCCUCCUCCAAAUUCAGAUAUUGGAUGGAGAGUAGAAUUCCGGCCCAUGGAGGUUCAGUUAACAGACUUUGAGAACUCUGCCUAUGUGGUGUUUGUAGUCCUGUUAACCAGAGUAAUCCUUUCAUACAAAUUGGAUUUUCUCAUUCCUCUGUCAAAGGUUGAUGAAAACAUGAAAGUGGCUCAGAAACGAGAUGCUGUCUUACAUGGGCUGUUUUAUUUCAGGAAAGAUAUUUGCAAAGGUGGCACUGCUGUGGUAGAUGGUUGUAGUACAGCCCAGAAUGGUACAGAGACAGACACUGAAGAAUUCACAUUGAUGAGCAUAGAUACAAUCAUCAAUGGGAAGGAAGGUGUUUUUCCUGGAUUGAUACCAAUUCUAAACUCUUACCUGGAAAAUAUGGAAGUAGAUGUAGACACAAGAUGCAGCAUACUUAAUUACUUGAAGCUAAUUAAGAAGAGAGCAUCAGGAGAACUGAUGACAGCUGCUCGAUGGAUGAGAGAUUUUGUUGCAAAGCAUCCUGACUACAAGCAAGACAGUGUCAUCACUGAUGAAAUCAAUUAUAGCCUUCUUCUGGAAUGCAACAAUAUUGCAAAUGAAUUAAGUGAAUGCCCCGAGUUGCUUGGCUCAGGGUUUAAGAAAGCAAAAUACAGUGGAAAUAAAACUGGCUCUUCUAGUUAGGUAUUUUGUUGCCUGUCCCCAACCCUAAAAAAAGUAGAACAUCUGAGUUAUGUUAUUUGAGAAUUAGCUGCAGGACCAUGACCAUUGGCAUGGUGUGAAGACCAAAAUAAUGGCACUGUGCUCUCAGAUGGGCCAGUGAGCCUGAAAUUCACUUAAAGGCUUCCCAAAUGGAUAUAAAGUUUAUAUGGUAUAUGUGUACAUAGUAAAAUAUUUUUAUGAUCAACAAUGUAUUUUAAUAACAUUGUAUCUAAAGUCUUUGUGAACUAGCUUGUACAUUUUUUUUUUAAAUCCUUACUCUGGGAGGAGCUGCUGUCCAAAAUAGUUUUGUAAAUGUAAUGUACUGGUAUCCAUACAUUAUACAUGCAUUCCAGAGGUUGAGAUGUUUACUGUACAUUUUAUUGUUGUUGUUCUAAAGAAUCUACCUUGUUUUAAAAAAAAGAGAAAGAGAAAGAAACAAACAUUUCAUCCUUAGGACCUGAUUCACUAAAAUUUCCCUUAUGUCACUUUAACCAAGUCCAGACUUCGCCUUCUUGAUUGGUUUUGAAUCAGUUCUUUUGUUGUGCACAUUAAAUCAUUUUUAUAACUCCAAAA